ACAUAUCUGUUUCCAAAGCUAUUGCAUGGCUUUAAUUUCCUCUCCAGCUAUUUUAGCUCUAAAGCUGCCAUACCGGAAAAGCAGGCCUCGUCCAUCUCUGCUGGUGAGAUCCCACAGACAUGAAGAUGAAGCAGGGAGAUCAAGCCAUGGCAUGGUGGAUGCAAAUCUGUGGAUUCUGAUGAACAGGAUUGCAGAGGUUAAGAUGAAGGAGAGACUGGAAAGAUGUUAUCAGACUGACAAGUUUGGAUGGAAUUAUGCGCAAGGAGUACCUGCAUGCAACAAGUCCAAAAGACCACCAGAGCCUUUCCAGUAUGUUGAGCUUGCAAGCACCGUUGGCGGCACGUUUGGUCUCACAAUCCUCAGUGGAACUCUUGGUCUUUGUCUUGCUUCCAUUUUAGUUCAUCUGAAUCAAUUGUGAUUUAUGAACCCCUGACUGGCACAUCCUCGGAGAAGAAGAUUACAGUUGAAUUUGUUUAUUCAUUCAUUCCUUUAUUUAUUGUUGGUCUACUGAAUUCUCCAUGAUGUGUUGUUGUGAAGUUCCUGAGGCACCGUGACUUAGUUCUUGAAUCUGUAGAUUCUUUACUUUCAAUUAUUGGUCAAGUUAUAUUAAGGAUCCGAAAGAAUCCCAGCAGUCCUAGUAGCAAGGAUAAGGUGUACUGGCCAGCCAGCGCUCCGAUGAAGUUUACGGUUCAAUCAGCGAUGUCAGAACUCAGGACAGCUGGAAGCACAGUUCCUGGUUUUAAGCUGGUGCGGGGGUGAGGGUGCUGUGCCGAGACAUUCCUUUAUUGUUUGGAUAUUGUGUAAUAGGAAAUUGCCUGCCUAAGGACAGAUUAAAAGGUUGGAGAGUGCACUUAGAAUAGAGUCUGAUAAGUGUGCUUUAUGUAAUGGUGCUGAUGAAUCCAUGGCACAUGUUUUCUUUGAUUGUCCAAUAUCUAGCAUGGUUUGGCAGAAGAUGCAGUUGUUAUGUUCAAUUGUUAAUGGCAGGUUGUCUUGGGAUGCAGAUUUGAGAUGUCUUUACGAGCACUGGCAUCCAAUUCUUUUUGGUUUUUUUCUGCUGUGUUGUAUCAGUUAUGGAGGACUAGAAAUCAGGUCAUUUUCCAUCAGCAGCAGCAGCAGCAUGUCUCUGCUGUUCUUGAUUCUGUUAGACAUGUUGCUGCGGGGCAGGGGAAGCUCCUUUGAUCAAGACCAGCUCCCUUGGCUUACCUCAUGCGUGUUCAUCCUUCCUUGCGCAGGAGUCAUGCUAUUCUCUGUAUCGUUCCAAUUUCAUCGGAUGUCCCAUGACUGAGUUGUUUACUGAA